AUGCCUCCUCGGGAGGCACUGUCAGAGAGAAACAGCAACAACACCAUGGCACAAUCAAACGCUGAUGUCAAGGCCCGGAAGAACGGAAAGUCCACCAAUGCAAGCCGGGCUCCAUCAGCAUCAGCAUUCCCAACACCACCAGCGAGUAGUGCUCGUAGUGGCUACGAGAGUGUAUACAGUGCUCCAAGCAGCUCUUUCCAAGCAUCGUCGCAACAACACAGCUUGGCGGAGCGGAACGCGUGGCUGGCUGAUGAUGUGGACGUCAAUGAGAUUCUGGAAUCCUCGCAGGACUAUGCCGAACGCAGUGAUCAGCUCGAGCACUACGGCGACUUGCCUACCAAGAUUGUCGGCGUUCGAUACUAUAAUGGAUACGCAAAUGCUGGCCAACAGAUCUUGAUACUCAGAGAGCCUGGCAACCCAUACGAUGGCAAUGCUAUCCGCAUCGACAACGUGGCCGGCGACCAGAUCGGUCACAUACCUCGAAAGGUUGCAGCGAAACUCGCCCCAUACAUUGACAAUCGAUUGCUUCACCUCGAGGGCCAGCUGGCCGGCGAGAUCGGCCAAUUCGAUUGCCCACUCACAGUUCACAUGUAUGGCGCCGAUCCAAAUACAGCGGAAGGUCAAUCUCUACAGGAGAAGAUGGCAGCCGACAAGCUGCCGACCAAAGCUCUCAAAGAAGCCGAGAGGAAGCGCAAGCAGGAGGAGAAGGAGCGUCUCGCUGCUGCAAGACGUGCUGCCGUCGCUGCAAAGGGCAAAUAUACCAACCAAGCCUCGUCUGCUGGCGAUAGCAGCACCAAUCCGAUGGACCUGUCGGACAUUCUCGAGGCAUCGGAGCGCAUCAACCCCAGAGAAAUCAGUGGCGCUGCAGAGAAGCUGGGUGCCACGGAGGAAGACUUGAAAAACAUGCCCAUGGCUGCAAAGCCAGACGGCAUCAAGACACAGAUGCUUCCCUACCAGUUGCAAGCGUUGCAAUGGCUUCUUGAUCAGGAAUCACCCAAGCCACCGGGGUCGACCAACGAAGAAUCUGUCCAACUGUGGACGCAGAGCAACACCAACGGUCGAUACACAAAUCUAGCUACUCAAUUUGUGACCUCAGAACGUCCUGAACUCGCGUCAGGGGGUCUCUUAGCUGAUGAUAUGGGACUUGGAAAGACGCUGGAAAUGAUCUCGUUGCUCGUGGCGGAUGCUGGGAAGGGCACAACGCUCGUAGUUGCACCUCUUUCCGUUAUGUCCAACUGGUCUGGCCAAAUUGCCACGCACGUCAAGGAGAGCCACAAGCUGGAGGUCUACACGUACCAUGGAGCGGGCCGAGUGAAGAUGUCUGCUGAAGACUUUGAGAAGUACGAUGUCGUUGUCACCACCUACCAAACCCUGGCCAUGGACUAUAUGCCAAAGAAUAGCUCCAAGCAACCAGAGAAGCGACUACGAUCCACUGGACUGUACAGCGUCAAAUGGCGACGUGUUAUCCUUGACGAAGGCCACAACAUCCGGAACCCCAAAGCCAAGGGCACUGCAGCGGUCACAGCACUCAUGUCCCGAUCUCGUUGGGUGUUGACCGGUACGCCAAUUGUCAACUCACUCAAGGACCUGUACUCUUUGCUUCGCUUCGUUGGUGUCAGUGGCGGCUUGCAACAGCUGGACAUCUUCAACCGUGUGCUGGUUCGGCCAAUGAAGAACGGCGACGUGUCCGCGACGUGGUUGCUGAAGUUGAUCAUGCAAUCAUUCACUUUGCGCAGACGCAAAGAAAUGGCGUUCAUCGAUCUCAAGCUGCCGCCACUGGAAGAGUUUGUACAUCGCGUCGACUUUACCGAGAAGGAGCGCGAGCGAUACGAUGCGUUGGAGAAGCAAGCCAAAGGUGCUUUGAACACUUUCGAAAACAAGGGCACGGCCGCGACGUAUUCUCACCUGCUUGAGGUUUUACUCAGGAUGAGGCAAUGCUGCAACCACUGGCAGUUGUGCGGCGAGCGAGUGACGAACUUGCUCGCUCAGUUUGAGAAGGCGAAGACUGUCGCACUCACGCCCGAGAACAUGAAAGCCCUGCAAGACAUCCUGCAAGUACAGAUUGAAUCGCAGGAGGACUGUCCGAUCUGCCUCGAGAGCUUACACCAACCGGUCAUCACCAGCUGCGGGCACUCGUUCGGUCAGGAGUGCAUCGCCAAAGUGAUUGAGACUCAGCACAAGUGCCCAAUGUGCAGAGCCGAGCUCAAAGAUGAGACUUGCCUGGUUCCCCCUGCUCGCGAUGGCGGUGAGGAUAGCGCGGACGAGGACCUUGACGUGACUCAAUCAUCGAGCAAGCUGGAGGCACUGAUGCACAUACUCGAAGCAACCAAAGGCAAUGGCAACAAAACGGUGAUCUUCUCACAGUGGACCCGCUUUCUGGACAUUGUGCAGUCGAGACUGGACAAAGAUGGCUACAAGUAUUGUCGACUAGAUGGAACCAUGUCGGCGCAGAAGCGCGAUGGGGCAUUGCAACAGCUUGAGGGGGAUAAAGACACGACGGUCAUGUUGGCAUCCUUGGGCGUGUGUGCGGUCGGAUUGAAUCUUACCGCCGCGAACAACGUCAUCCUCAACGACACUUGGUGGGCGCCUGCGAUUGAAGAUCAAGCGGUCGAUCGCGUCCACCGGCUGGGUCAACAAAAGGAAACGAGAGUGUUCCGGCUAGUCAUGGACAAGAGCAUCGAAGAGCAGACGAUUCUGGUGCAAAAGGACAAGAGGAAGCUCAUGAUGGUGGCAUUCUCGGAAAAGUCCAACAAGAGAGACUCUGCUCGGACUGGACGACUGGCGGACAUUCGAAAGUUGUUAGCCUGA